GAGGUCCCUCCGAAGGAAGUAGAGUCCACGGAGAAGGACACAGCAGACGAGGAGGACAAGGUGGUCAUCAUCCCAGGUGGCAUGAACGCCCUGCACCUGCCGGCCUUCUUCGAGACCAUUGGCCGCGCCAAUGUGACCUCUGACGGGCCAUUCGGCAUUUCAGGCCGUCAGGCUGAGGAGGCCUGGAAUGCAUGGAGGUCUGGUCAGUACGGCAGCAUCAGCCUGAGUGAUGGCGUGAUUGAGUUCGCAAAGACUCACGACGAGAUGAAGCGCCUUUUCCUGACCUUCCGGAGAGAUGCAGACCGGAUCUACCCGGGUUGGAGAGAGAAGCUCGGCUACAAGGCGUCCGCCCUCGGGUCCAGACCUUUUCGCACGCGCCUUGCAGGAUGUGACCACAGAUCGCAAAGCUCAGCCGGCGCGAGGAGGAUUCAGAGUGGAGACCUGCACACUAUCCACCUAUACUUUCGACGUGGAAGUCUGA